GGAACAUCCAAGCAACAUAUGAUUACAAGUCUUCCCAUUUCACAAAUAUUGUUACUUCCAUGAUGUUGAAGAGUUUUGCAGUUGUUUUGUUUGCUAUCGUUCUCAGUGUAAAAUCUACUUCGCUACCUUUACCUAGUUAUUUGACACCUUGCAAAAGGGAUGACCCCAAACUAGACGAUUGUGCUUUACAAAAUGGUAAACUAGGCUUGCCAUAUAUCUUGAAAGGAGACAAAAAAUAUGGAAUUCCAAACUUCUAUCCGCUGAAAAUAAAUGAAAUCACAAUGGAGACCGCUGGGAAUUUGAAGAUAAAACUGAAGGACGUUGAAGUCCAUGGUUUGGAAAACGCUGAACUUCAAAGGGUCAAAAUCGACACGAAAGCCAAAAAGUUUUACGUGGACUUCAAAGUGAACACAAUUAACAUCUUGGGAAAAUACGAUAUGGACGGCAGAAUUCUGAUUCUCCCUAUAAAAGGAAAUGGAGAUGCCAAUAUUACUGCGAUUGGUGGAGAUUUCCACUAUAAUUUCGAAUACAAACUCGAGAACAGAGAUGGAGAGGAAUAUAUGAAAUCAACGAAACAAAACAUAGACUACGAAGUUGGCAGAUUGUUCAUCCAAUUCGAUAAUCUCUUCAAUGGCGAUAAAGUUUUAGGUGCCAAUGCUAACGAAGUCCUCAAUAAAGAAUGGGAAUCUGUUUUCAAAGAAAUGAAGGAACCAAUAGGAAAUACCAUUCUAACAGUCGCUUCUUCUAUUCUGGACAAUAUUUUAUCGAAAGUUCCUCACAAGUAUACUAUUUUGUAGUUUGGAACAUCAGACUCUGUCUAAUGUAAAUAAAAUAAAUGAUUAUUUGAC